AAGUCACGGCUAAGCAAGUAAGCAAGCAGUUAUCAAGCUGUGUUAGAGACCAUAAGUUAACUUACUAAUUAAAGUACAGAUCUAAUUCGUUUCAACGAUGCACAUUUUUACUACUACCGCGUUGUUCGCGUGUCUAUGCAUAGUAGAAAGUGCUGAUAGUAGUGACAGAACCAUCACAGGAAUCGAAGAAAGAGAAGUGUGUAAGAUUAAAAAAUCGUGUGUAAAUUGUUUACGCUUGGUACAAUGCUCCUGGUGCCAAAAAGAGGAAGAGUGUUUCUCAAAGGAGUUAGAGCCUGAAAAAUGCAGCGAGACAAAUGAAUAUACGGAUUACGGAUUCAGUCUGCAAGAAAACGCAAUUUGUAGUUGCAAGCAGGAAACAGAUGUAGCCCAAGAACCGAACUGCCUCCCAGAAGGAGCGGACGAAAACACAACGCCGCCGUGCAGCGGCCGCGGCGCGUGCGUGUGCGGCCGGUGCGUCUGCGACACCUAUGAAAAUUCCACCAAGAUGGUAAUGGGCGAUUAUUGUGAAUUCGACAACUUCUCCUGUGACGGCCCAGAGUGCAACGAAGGUCCUUAUGCUCUUGUGCAAGAUAGGGACAAUGAAGACUCGUAAUGAACUUAAGUACUUAAAGUGCUUUCUUAGAAUAGGUACACUUGUAUAGUAGGUAUAGAAAAAAAACUGUGAAUUUGUACCUAUAGUAUAGAUUUUAGAAAUGUAAAAAAAUACAAACGAAAUAUUAAAAAAAGAAAAGUGGUAAUUGAAGUAAGAAAAUCUAACAUUAACAUUCCAAAUUAAUUGUAUAAUUACUUAGGUACCUACUUAAAUGCAAAGUUUAAAUUAGAGAUACGUAGUACCUAUUACCUACGUUGUUAUAUCGAAUUAUAAUGUUUUACUUGUAAAUUGAAGAGUUGCAUAAUUUACAAAAAAAUAAUAAUUAUAUCAAUCAGAAAAAGAAUCAGAUUUACAAAACUUUAAUGCCAUUUAAUCGUCUUCUUUAGCAGAGUUUCAAGUUAGUAAAUGGUGCUAUUAAAGAGCACAUGUUAUAGAAAAUACCCGAAUCUGUUAUAGAAAAUGACAAUGGGCAUUAGAGAUGCGCAAAACGCUUCACUGAGUUGAAAAGAUUGAUUCAUAUCUUUCGCUCGCGGUGAUAUAUAUAUAUCACUUAUUUCGCUCAGUGGAUCUGUAGACUAUAUUGUUCACGACUUUCACGAGUGAGAAGAGAGAGAUUCGCACACGAGUGUGGAGGGAGCUUAAUGGGCAUUCCCAAAUUUGAAUAAGAAGUAAGUAUAUAGUGUAGGUAUACCUAUAAAUUUUCCAAAUCGGGCUAGCGGUCUUUUUAGAAAUCGGCGAAAUAAGUAGGUACAUACCUUGCAUUAAAAAAAUUCAACUGUCUAGCUAUCACAGCCUGGUGACAGACGGACGGACUGACGGACGGACGGACAGCGGAGUUUUAGUAAUAGCAAUAGGGUAUCGUUUUUACCCUUUGGGUACGGAACCCUAAACCAGAGAUAUAUAUAGACGAAUUGAGAACCUCCUUUUAUUUAAAGUCAAUAAAAUUACGCUAACAUUACUCAACCGGGAACUAUGGUACGUUU